AUGGCUAAAACAUUAGCUAACAUUAGCUGCAUCUGCAAUACUCUUACUCUGAUUCACACAUUUGAUUCUCUGCUUUUCUCCAUACAGCAUCAUCUUGAAGUUAGAAUGGCUGGUGAACGUGCAUUUUUGAGGUACUGUAAACUUUCAGUCCUCACUAUAUUUUUAUUUGCGGCAUUCUACUUCUUCAUUGUGAGGAGAGACUAUGUUCACAUCUCAUCUCUGUUACCAAACCCUCCACAACUCGAGCCACAGCCAUACCCUCCACAACUUAAGCCACAACCAAACCCUGCAGGACUCAAGCCAGAGCCAAACCCUCCAGAACUCAAGCCACAACCAAACCCUGCAGAACUCAAGCCACAACAAAAACCUGCAGAACUCAAGCCAGAGCCAAAUCCUCCAGAACUCAAGCCAGAGCCAAACCCUCCAGAACUCAAGCCAGAGCUAAACCCCCCAGAACUCAAGCCAGAGCUAAACCCUCCAGAACUCAAGCCAGAGCUAAACCCUCCAGAACUCAAGCCAGAGCCAAACCCUCCAGAACUCAAGCCAGAGCUAAACCCUCCAGAACUCAAGCCAGAGCUAAACCCUCCAGAACUCAAGCCAGAGCCAAACCCUCCAGAACUCAAGCCAGAGCCAAAACCUACAGAACUCAAGUCACAGCCAACUGAGAGCCCUGGUUUGACCUUAACUUUGUCUACUACUAGACACCCAUUGACACCCCCUUAUCCUUAUCCUUAUAAGUUUCUCCUGAAUCCAGAAGAAAAAUGCCAGAAGCAGAAGCCCUUCCUUGUUUUACUUGUGAUUGGAGACAGUCAUGAUGCCAACACUCGAUUAAUCAUUCGGGAAACUUGGGGCAAUGAAAGUAACUACAGAGAUGUUGCUGUGGUUACUGUUUUCCUGGUUGGUAUCUCUCAUGUUAAUAUGGAGAGUAAUCAGAAACUGUUAGAAGAGGAAAUGAAGACCUAUGGGGACAUAGUACAGCAGGACUUUAUGGAUACCUAUUAUAAUUUGACUCUUAAAACCCUAAUGGGCAUGGAGUGGAUUUCUAAAUAUUGUCCUGGUACAAGUUACAUAAUGAAGAUAGACAGUGAUAUGUUUCUCAAUGUGGACUAUCUUGUCCACCACCUCCUGCAACCAGAAUUACCAGUCCGUCAGAACUAUUUCACAGGAUAUAUUGUAGCCAACACAGGUCCUUUAAGAGGUGAGGAAUACAAGUGGUAUGUCCCUAAGGAAGUGUAUCCUAAUGACACCUAUCCCCCAUACUGCUCUGGUCCUGGUUAUGCCUUUUCUGCUGAUAUGGCAAAAAAGGUUUAUGAUGUUGCUCAGACAAUUAGGGCAGUGCCAAUGGAAGAUUCCUUUAUGGGGAUCUGUUUGUAUGAACUGAAGAUUCCACCUACUGACCCACCUCCUAAUAUAUUUAAUGGGUACAGGAUAGAUUACGACCUCUGCCAGUUUAACAAGUUGAUCACAGUGCACCAUUAUGCAGGGGAUGAACUGCGGAGAGUAUGGACGGACUUCUGGACUCAGAGAUCAGGGUGCAAGAGCUAAAGACGAAUAUAUUAUAGGGUCAGCAUUAAGUGAAAAUUUAGAAAGCCCAGUUCUACAUAUAAAUGAAAAGGUUAAAUAUUUCAUGAUUGAUCUUUAUCCAGUAUAUGGGACAAAAACAGGAAUUAUUUAUUAUUUUUUAUUAUCUUUAAUUACAUUGUGGAGACAGAAAUGACUAAGAUUCAAGCCAAUCUCUGCCCCAGUGGACCUUAUAGUCUUAAGUUCCCUAUCAAAUUCACACUGGGGUCAAUGAAGCCAAUGAACUUGCCUGUAUGUUACUGGAGGGAAACUAGAGAAUAAAUGUGGAUUAAUGUAGACCAAGAAUCAGCCUGGUGUGGCAUUAGCCUUAGGUCUUGAACGCAUUCUGCACAUUCCCUUUAUUAGAUCCCAGAGGUGACAUCCAGGAUGUUUUAGGCCAUUCACCAGCCACACUCAUUUACACCCCUU